CUUCUCCCUCUCCCUUCAUUUCCCCCUUCCCCUCUUCUCUCGUCUUCCCCCAAAUCUCUGCUGCUUCCCACCAUUAUCCAUCAGAGGAUCUCCAUGGCGUCGGAUCAAGUGGAAAUGAGGAAGUCGGUGACGCCAGGAGCGGUCUCGAUGCUCCUCUCCAACUCGUCUCCUGAUUCGCCCUCCGACAUCCCGGAGAUCAUCGUACAGGUCGUCGAUCUCAAGCCCAUCGGCAGCAGCAGCACCCGCUUCACAUUUAUGGCUAGUGAUGGGAAGAUGAAGCUCAAAGCCAUGCUUCCAACUCAUUUUUCUUCAGAAAUCAAUUCCGGCAAACUCCAGAACCUUGGCCUCAUCCGCAUUCUUGAUUACACUUGCAACUCCAUUCCAAAUCAACCUGAAAAGGCUUUGAUUGUGACAAAAUGUGAAAUAGUCUGCCCCUCACUUGAUAUGGAGAUUAAAAGUGAUGUGAAGAAGGAAGAGACGGGAAUAAUCCUGAAACCUAAGCAAGAGGCACUGAUCAAAAGUGAUGCGAAGAAAGAGGAACUUGGAAUGAGUUUGAAGCCCAAGCAAGAGAUGGUGACAAAGUCUGCUGUUCAAAUUGUUCGUGAGCAGCAUGGGAAUGCUGCUCCUGCUGCACGACUGGCAAUGACAAGAAGAGUGCAUCCUCUUGCCUCUUUAAAUCCGUAUCAGGGAAAUUGGACCAUAAAGGUUCGACUCACAAACAAAGGCAAUUUGAGGUCAUAUAGGAAUGCCAGAGGAGAAGGCCAUGUCUUCAAUGUGGAGUUGACAGAUGAAGAUGGUACCCAAAUUCAAGCUACCAUGUUUAAUGAAGCGGCAACAAAAUUUUAUCCUAAAUUUGAGUUAGGCAAAGUCUACUAUAUCUCAAAAGGUUCUCUCAGGGUUGCAAACAAGCAGUUUAAAACCGUGCAAAAUGAUUACGAGAUGACCCUGAAUGAGAACUCCAUAGUUGAAGAGGUCGAAGGGGAGGCGUUCGUCCCCGAAACCAAGUACAACUUUGUCAGGAUCGAUAGGUUGGGAGCUUAUGUUAAUGGCAGGGAGCUUGUAGACUUGAUCGGCAUUGUUCAGAAUGUUUCAUCGACUUUAAGCAUCCGGAGGAAAAGCAACAAUGACACCAUUCCCAAGCGCGAUAUCACGAUUGCUGAUGAUUCGAAUAAAACUGUUAAUGUCUCUCUUUGGAAUGAUCUCGCAACUGAUGUUGGUCAGCAGUUGCUAGACAUGGUUGAUACCUCUCCGGUUGUAGCUAUAAAAUGCCUUAAAGUAGGAGAUUUCCAAGGCGUGUCUUUAUCAACUUUAAGCAGAAGCACAGUGGUGAUCAAUCCAGACUUACCUGAAACAAAGAAGCUGAGAUCCUGGUAUGAUUCAGAAGGGAAAGGCACUUCAAUGGCAUCCAUUGGUUCAAACUUGAUCUCCCCUAACUCCAAGACUGGAUCGAGGUCCAUGUAUUCUGAUAGGGUCUUCCUUUCUCAAAUAACAGACGAUCCAACUCUGGGUCAAGAUAAGCCUGCCUUCUUCAGCAUAAACGUCUACGUAAGUUUCAUCAAGCCUGACCAGACAAUGUGGUACCGAGCAUGCAAGACAUGCAACAAGAAGGUUACCGAAGCUGUUGGUUCUGGGUACUGGUGUGAAUCGUGCCAGAAGAACGAUGAUCAGUGCUCCUUAAGAUAUAUAAUGGUGGUAAAGGUCUCGGAUCCUUCAGGUGAAGCCUGGCUUUCGGUUUUCAAUGAGCCGGCAGAGAAAAUCAUGGGAUGCUCUGCUGAUGAGCUUGACAGGGUAAAAACAGAGGAAGGUGACGAGAAAUACCAACUCAAACUGAAAGAAGCAACAUGGGUUCCGCACCUGUUCCGGGUCAGCGUUGCAUACACCGAGUUCAUGAAUGACAGGAGGCAGAGGAUAACGGUCAGGGCUGAGGCUCCUGUGGACUGCGCAGCUGAGUCGAGCUACCUUUUGGAAGAGAUCCACAAGUUGUCCGUCUCUUAAACAUCUUGUUCUAUUGCGUUCCUUUUUUGACCAAAUCUUAGCAGCUGGCGUUGUUCCUCCAUGGAAGAAUGCUAAUUGCUUGCUAGUAUUGACUGGAUGUAAUAUAUGCUCUGCUGUUCCAUUACCUCUGAAAUAGUACCAACAAAUUGGUUCU